CAGGUUUAUUUGAUUUUUUCUUCAGAAAGACCAUUCAGACACGCGGUUCAAACAAUCAUUCCCUUAAUCUAAUUUGUCAUUGCCACCAGUGCAGCACAGUUUAAAUCAAUAUUUCAAAACAAAAAUUUUAUUUAUCGGCAGCGGCGAGCAUGAAUUUCCUCUCUUGAAUAGAGAAUUUACAAUAAUUUUGACACCUUUCGAAUUGGGCUAUUUAUACAUAAAAUCUACAUGGUAAAAAAAUAGUGUGAUUUUUAUGAAGAAAAUCAUGAGAUUUAGGUUAAUUUGACGCAUUCUAUUCGUUUGAUAACAACGAUACACCGAUUGGCUCUGAAUCAAAGAAUAAAAGAAAUGAAUAUUGAGUUCGUGACUGAACUGCGUUUCAGGUGUAUGCAUUGACAUAUAAUUCAAUAAGCAACGACGGCUUCCUUGCUCGUUAUUUGAGAAUAAAAUCAGUUCGUCUGCAAUGUUAGGUACAUUGAAGAAGAAAAUGAAAUCAAAGAUUAAAUCCCUUUCCGAGUUGAAUUUCGAUUUAAUUUUCAAUAUAAUAUAAAAAUUAUCAUCCAGCCAUUAUACCGAAAACGGAAUAUGAACCGCAAACAUCGCAACAGUUGUAUAAUGUAUUUAGAUUGGAGUGAGACGACAACAUAGGCCUGUAAGAGAAAACUUUGACAUUCGGUGCCAAAGAUAAGUUUCAUUCAAUUGACAAAAAAAAAAACAAAGUCUUCUCGUAAAUAGAUGAAAAAAAUAUAUCGAAAACACAGUCACAUAAAUAGUUUGGGUAAGAUUUCAGCACAGAGUUUUAAUACCAUCGGAAAAAGUCGCGUUCCAGCCAUUAUUUUUUUUUGGUGGAAAAAAAAAUUUGUGCGUUUCACGAAAUUAAAUUGAAUUGCUUUGCCGUUGAUAUGCACGAAAUUCAGUAACUGCGAUUGAUUUAUCACCUUCAAGGGCUUACACACUCUCUCUCUCUCUCUCUUUAUUAUUUAGUAGGCAGUCGAUACGUGUAUUACCUCAUCGAUUUCGAGUGCAUUUCCAAUGAAGGAAGUGAACAACGAUAUUCAGCCAUCAACAUCAACCACAGAUGCAAAUCGGCCAAUAAAAAAUGAGGCCAACAAAAGGAAACGUCGUGCCUCGGAUGCGGCUGAAUCGAAUUUAUCGGCCAAGCGUUUCAUAGCCCCGGCCGAAGAAGAUGAUGGCGUAUUCAAAUUGCUUGAUUUCACCGAUGAAGUGCUUUUGGAAAUCCUACAAAAUUGUGAGAGCACCACACUAUAUGCACUUUCCAAAACAUGCAAACAUUUUUUGAAAUUGGUCGAAGACCGUCGCCUCUGGAAAACAUUUGAUUUUGCAACGAAACGGAUGAUGGGACGGCAAAUAAAGAAACUAUUGUCUGCGCUACAAAUUGGGGACAUCAACGAAUUCAAGGUGCGUGGCUUCGUCACAAAGUAUCCGUCAGAAAAGUGGAAGAAUAAUACAAUCACCGUGAAAGUCUUGCGAAAAUUGUCUUCCUCUUGCCAAUGUCUUGAAACAAUUGAAAUUCGUGAAGGCUACAUCAACUUUCAAAAGGUGAAAAUUUCCGACUUUCCUGCGACACUGAAACACUUGAUAUUUUAUGGUUGCCAAAUAACGUUGCCACGCUCGCCCAGACUGUUCACCAAAAUCGAUGAAUACCUUCAGUUGCUGGAGGAAAUCUCAUUAGAAAAGUGCCCCUGGUUCGAAACACAUGAUCUCGUUGUUUUCUCCAAACUGCCACAUUUAAAGCGACUCAAUCUACGCGGAUGUUCCACACUCAAAGGGUGUGUUCCAUACGGCAGCAUUGCCACACGAUUUGGAUUCAAGAGCCUAGAGUAUUUGGACGUACGCGAUACACCGAUUUCUGAUAGUGAUAUUCAAUGCUUCAAUAUCACGUCAACGCUACGUGAAAUCAAAAUGGAUUGCCCGGCUGAGUUUCGCGAAAAUUAUAUAUCAACCGAUGAAACACCUUCCGAUACCGAUGACAGUGAAUCAUACGAACCAAAACCACGGAACAAUGACUCUACCGACGAGUCGGCGAAACAUUUGGGUGAAAAAAGUAAACACAAUAGCAACAGCAAUAAGGAAACACAUCGGCAAGAUGAUAGCAUUGUAUCGGAAAGUGAGCCUGAAUCAGAGGAUGAAUCGGAUUGUAGCACAGACAGCGAAGAUGGCAAUAGUGAUGGUGGUGAAGAUGGUGGAGCCAAAGUAAGCGGUAAUAACGAUGAUGCGAAUGCACCACAUCAGGCUCACUGUAUUCAAGUGAUAUUGCAAAAUGGCCGAAUGAUAAAUGUCAAUGCCGAACGGUCUAACGAGUUUGAUAGUCCGAUACGUGAAACAAACGGACUUCACUGUGUCAUUGGCAUAAUCAAUGGGAGAGACUCGAACGAUCGAGUCUUUGCAGCACCACUUCGAUGCCAAAGACAAUCGGGUAAUCAGCAUCAAUCUGCUGAUAACCAGAGCCAAAAUGAAUCGAAUGCACCGUCAACCCCAAAAAAAUGCAACCAUGGUUCGUCCUCGUCUAGUUCCGAAAAAUCAAAGUCUCCACAAACCGAUAGCAAAAAUACCGCGACAAUUAGCACGAACACAAAUGCAAACACGGAUGGUGGUAGUCAACCGGGACCGUCAGGCCUUCAAACAAAUCAAAAUGAUUCCAUAAAAGCAGCCAAAUCAAAUUCACAGGAAAAUGCAAACGCAAAUGCAAACACGGAUAAUAAUGCAAACGAUGAGGCUGGCCCAUCGAAUCGACAACAGCCGGCAAAUCCGCCAAAUGAAAACCGACAACGAUUGAUCAUUGUACAGCACCGACGAUCGCCGAAUAACGAUGAAAAUGGCAACAUGAAUAGACAAAUUUCGUGGGAGGUGCGAAAUUUGUAUCCGAUUGCAGACGCACCAUAUCGUACGAUGCGGUACCACAACACAAUGCUCAACGGUAGUGGUAAUUAUAUAACCGACAGAGGAAUGUGUAGCUUUGGCAUGCCACGGCACAACGUACAAGAAAAUAUCAUUUGGAUACGAGCUGAACUACGACCGCCAGAUACGUUGCUCGAACGGAUCACUGUUCGGAAUUAUUUGGAUGUUACCGAUGUCACCCUGCGCCAUUUAGCCCUAUGCGCUCCCAAUCUUCGAUAUUUGGAUGUAACCGGUACCUCGGUCACAUUAAAAGGUAUUACCACCUUCCUGAAGGAGAAGCCCGACUGUCAAAUUAUUUCGGAAUUACUUGACACAUAGUCGUAAACCAUAUAAAUAAAAUCGGGAGCAAAUGCAAAAGGGAGGUUUAUUUUUUACCAGGAACGAACAAAACAAAAAAGAAACGAAAUUGAAAUGAAAUUUAAAAAAAAAUCAAAAGCUCAACACAAAUGAAAGCAUGAUAUUGACGUUCUACAAUGAUAUGCGAUUUACGAUCGAACAGCUGUCUGUGAUUGUAAAACUGUAAAUCAAAGCAUAACGUAAUUUUUAACAUUCGUCAUUUCUAAAAUAGAACCGUUGGCGAAUGAAAGGAAUGCCGGAUAAAAAGAGAAUGGAAGAAUACACAACAGAAAUAAUAAUCAUUUUCAUAUUUUUUUCAUAUUUUUCAUUAUUUUCUUCUCAAACAAAAACAACUACUACUAUGUAUACAGUGCAUUUUUGCAUUGAAUUUAGGAAUUAAACGAAAAAAUUGAAUAAAUUGCAAAA